UAAAGUGGACGAACCCUCGUUGUGUAAACUCGUGACUGGAGUCCGCGUCUCGCCCUGACAGGGCGGGAGGGGAAGGAGAAAACGGACCCCCUUAGGAACCUCAUCAAGGAGCUGAUGGAGAUCCGCUGGUAUGACGCCUCCUCAGUGCCCCGCCUGCAGAGCCUGCUGGACGUGCUGUCUCAAGAUCACCCUGAGAAUGAGAAGGAGAUGCUGUUUAAAGUGUUUAAGGAGGAAGGCGGUUCAGCGCUUUUAAAGAAGAUUCUCGAGUCUUGCAAAUUUGCUGACUCUCGAGUGCAAGUCAUAACAUUGUUGAAGAAGAUCGCUUUGCUUCUAUCACAACAUGAAUCCACCUCAGGUGAAAAGGAGUUUGAGAAGACUGGAGACAUUAUGGGAGAUCCCGCAGAAGAAAUCAAACUGUGGCCCGAGCAGAGUGGCAAGGUGUACAUCCCCUACAACGUCUCCAUCGCCUUCAAUGCCAGUGACAGAGAAGCCAUUCAGCAGGCCAGUGACGAGCUGACGGAGAAAACGUGCAUCAGACUGAUUCCCAAAGACCCCCAGGAGGACUACUUUUACUUCAGAGCAUUGGGCAGGGACUCCUCACUGCCAGGCGCCAGUGCAGAAGCAGGAGCUCGGUCCAUCGCCCUGGAGCCCAACAAGGUGGACAAGGGCGUGGUGCUUCGUGAGCUCAAGCACGCGUUCCAUCGCGACCAGCAGAAUGGAAGCCAUGACUGGGUCAAGCACCGAGAUGGCAAAGUCUACGUUCUCUACGACGUCUGCAUUGGUUUCGACACCAAUGACAAGGAGAACAUCCAGCAAGCAGUCAAUGAGUUCGCAGAGCAAACCUGCAUCCGGCUCAUCCGGAAAGACAACCAGGAGGACUACAUCAACUUCCAGGCCCUGGACGGGAGCUGGUCGUUCCUGGGCAAGAAAGGAGGGGCUCAGUCCGUGUCCCUGGAGCCCGGGAAGGUGGACAGGGGCACGGUUCUGCACGAGCUCAUGCACGCGCUCGGCUUCCACCACGAGCAUUGCCGCAGUGACCGCGACCAGCACAUCAAGGUCCACGAGGACAACAUCAAAGAACUUGAGCCUGGGCAGUUCAAACGGCUGGAUUGCAGUGGCUCUGGAGAAGAUCUGCCCUACGACUACCUCUCCAUCAUGCACUACGGCAGGUACGCCUCAUCCUCGGACCACAUGAGUGAGACGAUCACCCCCACAACAGCAGCUAAAGCUCCCAUUGGCCAGAGGAGCGGCCUCAGCCCCCUGGACGUGCUCAGGGUGCAGCGCAAGUACCAACCGAACCUGGCUGGUGUGUCAGAGGACAGAGCCUUGAAGGACGCUGUUGCUAAGACGGCCGCUCUCUGUGAAACCCUGGAGGAGCCUCCCCGUCUGACACAAAUUAUUUCAGCACAAAUGGAGAUAAAUCAGCAGCUGGUGAUGCAGCACAUUCAGGGACUACAAUUGGAACGCAUGGAAGCAAUGAAGAAAAAAGAGGAAGAAAAACGAGCUCAGAAGAAGAAGAGCUGCACCAUUCAAUAGUUUUGGACAAGUGCCCAUGUUCACUUCUGCCUUGUUAGGAUGCGCAACAAUUAUACAUCUUUACUUUAUUUACUCUCUCCCAAAGUUACGUGAUUUAAGUGGUUUACAACUCCACCGCUAUUGAAUGCUCUCAUAUGCACGAACUUGUCUACAAAAUACAGAAAUUAGUGGAAAAUCUUAAAUUAUAAACAGAUUACCGUAAACCACAACUAGGACUUGUAACACAAUAAAAAAUAAAUAACAUAAUCAGAGCACACUAUUUCCCACAGGAGCAUGCUCGUGUGCAAUUUCCAUAAAGACUUGGUAAUCUAGUGCAGUAAAUUCCAACAGUCAUUCACCUGUGUAAGGGUGCACUGAUUAUGCUCUUUGCUUGGAUAAGUCAAUUCUUUUCUGGAGUUUAACUUUAGAUUCAUGAUCCCUUUAGUUGUGAUUAAACAUUUAUACAGAACUCAUCUUAUGUUACGCUAUUAACCACUACUCUUAUUAUCCGUGGCACCUAUAGCAUCUGCAAAAAAUGUUCUUACCCAAGCUCUUUUCUUCCUAUUAUCUGCAAAAACUGUUUCCUAUUGUAAAUCAUAAUGCUUCCAAUUGUACCCCAUAUUAUUCGUAGCUAAAUUGAGUCAUGGAAAAUUCAUACUUUUACCCGCAGCCUAUCCGCAAUGUUUUACAUUCUGUAUGGAGCUACAAAGAAAACACAAUUUUUGCGCCAAAGCCCAGGUUUUUCUUUUUCUUAGAAUAAUUUUGCUCAUGCAUAGUAUUCAAUUUUGUAACGUCAGAGGUCAUGAUGUAUUGUCAACUUCUGCUGCGCUUAAAAGACUAACCCCUCCCCAAACCCCCAUACCGACUAAAUCACGAUGCUAAUUAACUAUUGUAACUCCUGCUAAACAUCUGAUUAAAUAUAAUAUUUCAAUACCUGUGGAUAUCUAUGGGUUAUCUGCAAGUAUUGACCACCCUCUUUCCCAACAUGCACUACACUCUAAAACUCUUUUGAUUAUCCGUGUUUUUUUCGUGGAUAAGUGGAAUUGCGUGGCAAUUUCAUUUUAUUCACGAUUAUAUGCAAUUUUACCUUUGUGGGUAAGUGGAGCAAAACCACGAAUAGGAUACGUGAUAAUGGUCCCUCAUUAAAAUGGAUAAGAGGAGUUAUGUAAUACUGAUUAAUACUGUUUAGAUACUUUGUUCUGUUUAAUUGGGGAAUUUCUAUAUAUCUUAUGGAUGACUAUUUACUUUCUUGGGAAUAUGGUUGUGGUCUUCUGAACAUGAUGGGAUGUGUUUUCUCAUUAAGUGAAAGGGCAUUAUAUAUAGUAGGAGACAACACAAUCCUUACCUGCAGAGUUCUCUGGUGACCUUGGUUUAUGCACAGCAAGAGGCACAUUGAGAUAUGCAGGCACAGAAUGAAGCGGCUAGCUGGUCUAGUAGAGUGCGAUGCUGAGAGAGAGGUCACAGCCCAAGAAACUGCAGGGACAGGAGUGCGGUGUCGUGCCCAUUGCACUGCCGAUUCUCGUGGAGCGGCUCGCUGGAACAGGGGGCUUGAGAAUUGUGUUGCUGUUUAUCUCAUCUCAGUCUUCGUUCAAGCUUCUUGUCAUGGAUAGGAAUAUGUUGAAAAUGCAUCGAUAAUGGUUCAUGUAUGUUCUCAUGACUCUCCUGUGUUAUUGAUUGGUGGCACCUGGGUACAGAACUCGAAACAUCUACAACAUUUGAGCCAAUUCUGACAGUAUCUUCUAAAAUUUGUACAUGUAGACAAUAUUUCAUUGUUGGUGUGGGUUUUAUUAAUGUCCGUAUAAGCAGGUACGAACCGUGCUCAUUGUAUUGGCUUGGUCGCUCUCAGGCAGUGGUUCUUAUAGUUUUUGGAUCCACAGUCCCUCAUCCCUCAAAACUCGUUCGCGGAUCACCUUGUACACAAAUUGUCUAACUUUCACUUCAGUAAAAUAAUUGUAGAAUGUUAAUUUAAAAAACCCAUAACAAUUAAUUAGCUUUUUAUUGAAUGAUCUAAAUAAAGUUUUACAACCGGCAGUACAAAAUACAAGUGCAGUACAAAAUAGAGGGUUUUGUGAAAGGGAUCACCGUGUCUGUGACAGUUCCGUGGUCCGCCCAUGGCCUUGUGGUCCACGGCUGGGAACCACUGUUCUCGGGAAUGUAAUUCAAACCAAAUCAGUCUUAACCUUGUAAUCUGUUAACCUCAUCAAAAUGUGCUCGGAAUUAUGCAGGCACAUCCAUAUAUCGAAUAAUUCAGUGU